CAUGGAGAGGGGUAGAGGCACUAUAAGAAGGGUACUGACCAAGAGUGAUGAUCACCAAACCUGAACAAUAAGAGGUUCUUCCACUUCUCCCAUUGUUGAAGAGAAACCAUGGUAGUGAAGGUGUAUGGUCCUCACUGUGCUUCCACAAAGCGGGUGUUGGUUUGUCUUGUUGAGAAGGAAAUCGAAUUUGAGGUUGUCCCUGUUGAUGUCCUUAAGGGAGAACAAAGGGACCCUGAGUACCUUAAAUUACAGCCCUUUGGAGUUGUUCCUGUAAUUAAAGAUGGAGAUUAUACCUUAUAUGAAUCUCGUGCUAUAAUGAGGUAUUAUGCUGAGAAAUAUAGGUCUCAAGGGGUUGAUUUGUUAGGAAGCACAAUAGAAGAGAGGGGUUUGGUGGAACAAUGGCUAGAAGUUGAAGCACAAAACUUUCACUCACCAGCCUACAACUUGGCCAUUCAUGUUUUGUUUGCUCCAAUGUUUGGUGUGACUUCAGAUCCAAAGGUGAUUGAGGAGAGUGAAGCAAAGCUGGGACAAGUGUUGAACAUUUAUGAUGAGAGGCUUUCAAAGAGUAAGUAUUUGGCUGGAGACUUCUUUAGCCUUGCUGAUAUUAGCCACCUUCCAUUUAUUGAUUAUAUUGUGAACAAUAUGGAGAAAGGGUAUUUGAUAAAAGAGAGGAAGAAUGUGAGUGCUUGGUGGGAUGACAUAAGCAGUAGACCAUCAUGGAAGAAGGUUCUCCACUUGUAUAGAGCUCCAAUCUAGUUGCUCUAUGAAUUUCAGGGAAACUGGAGUUAAUGUUGUCUUUGAAUGUGUUUGUAAGGAAUAAAUGUAGUUGUACCAAACUCCUAAGAGUGUGAGGGAUUGAGGAAGAAAGUGGGUAAUGAAUGAUGAUCCUAUAGCUAUAG